AUGUCCUCACAACCAAAUCGAGGACGUCCUGUCCGCCCACAACCUCCAACCACUGCUCCACCCAUGAUACAAGCGCAACAACCUCAGUCGUACUUCACUCCGAACCCCUACGGUCCUCACCCGACUCAGCUCCAACAGCCUUUUCAACCACCUCCGGGCCCUCCACCACAGCAACUGCUCGCGCCGCAACCGCAACCACCACCUCAAGCGGGCUCUCCUCCAUCACGAAAGCGCAAGGCUCCUGGUUCGGCGCCGCUGGCGGCCAUGCCACCAAUGCCCUCGACAAGCCUAGGCGAGCCAAAUGAUGGUGGACAGCAGGUCGAGGAAGCCAACGAGGCGUCUUCAUCGAUGCCGCCGCCGAAGAAGAGCAGGACCAAUACACCGUGGACUCCGGCAGAGGAGCAGCGACUGAAGAUCAUGAGGGAUGCUGGGAACAGCUGGGGCGAGAUCGCAAAGGACAUGCACUAUGCCGACUUUGCGGAGGAUGAUAGCGCGGCUUUACUGGCAGCCAUCAAGGAAUACGAGGCAAGCAAGUGGAAGGUCAUCGGGCAGAAGGUCGGGAAGCCAGCGAAGGUAGACCGGCUAAGCCACUCUGCAUCGCCGUUCAUCCUCUGGAAAUCAAAGGAAGGCUUCGACCUUACUUUAGCCUGCGGUUUCAUCACACUGAAAGUCCACAGCUUUCUCCUCAAGCCACGAUCAACGUUCUUUGCGGCUACUCGUGAAGGCGAUUUCUUGGAAGCAACCAGCAAGCCUAUUGCGCUGCCCGAUGACAACGUAGAAUCCGUUGCACAAAUGGUCCAGUACUGCUACACCAUGGACUGUCCAGAUGAGAAGCCUGAGAAAAUCUUGGACCCUGGACAUCCUACGACUCCCUACAUCUCGCGCGCACAGACGAACGCCCAGGUCCACGCUCCCGCAGAGAAGUACGACAUUCCCGGACUCAAGUUUCUCGCGGGGAUGAAGUUCGGUGCAGCUAUGGCGGUAGAAGUCGGUCCUGGGUUCCGAAGUGGCGCUCCCGCCAUGAUGCAUCUGAUCGCAAUCAUCUCUCUUGUCUACGACAGCGCACCAGGAACAGACCGCGUUUUCCGCGAUGCUGUCAUCGGUUACAUGUGGAUGUACUGGAAGCAGCUCUCACCGAAGCCAGAGUUCCUAGUACCUAUCGCCGCGAAGCCGGAGUUCAUGAUAGAGGCUGUGAACAAGACGUUCGGUCCCCAAUUGCCAUGA